AUGGGAAUCAAGCAGCUCUUCUCCAUCAUCAAGGAGGAGGCGCCCGACGCCAUAAAGGAGGGCGAGAUCAAGAACCAAUUCGGUCGCAAAGUCGCAAUUGAUGCGUCCAUGAGCAUCUACUCAUUCCUCAUUGCAGUCCGAUCCGAUGGCCAACAACUCAUGAACGAGGAGGGUGAGACCACCUCGCACCUUAUGGGCAUGUUCUAUCGAACCCUACGAAUCUGCGACAACGGCAUCAAACCUCUCUACGUCUUCGAUGGCGCCCCACCAAAGCUGAAGUCAGGCGAGCUCGCGCGGCGAUACCAGCGGAAGCAGGAGGCCAACGAGGGCCUGGAGGAGGCCAAAGAGACCGGUACAGCAGAGGACGUGGAGAAGUUCUCGCGACGGACUGUCCGCGUGACCAAGGAGCACAAUGCCGAGUGCCAACGCCUGUUGAAGCUCAUGGGCAUCCCAUUCCUGAUCGCGCCGACUGAAGCCGAGGCGCAAUGCGCUGUACUGGCGCGAGCAGGUAAGGUCUACGCGGCCGCCAGUGAGGACAUGGACACCCUCUGCUUCAACACUCCGAUCCUACUGCGCCACCUUACCUUCAGUGAGCAGCGCAAGGAGCCUAUCCAAGAGAUCCACCUUGACAAGGUCCUGGAUGGACUGAACAUGGACCGCAAACAGUUUGUCGACCUGUGUAUCCUCCUCGGCUGCGACUACCUUGACCCCAUUCCCAAGAUCGGACCCCACACUGCGCUGAAAUUGGUCCGCGAGCACGGUAGCCUCGAGAAGAUUGUCGAAUCGAUCAAGAACGACAAGAAGGGCAAGUACACCAUUCCCGACGACUGGCCGUACCUGGACGCGCGUGACCUCUUCUUCGAGCCUGACGUGCGGUCAGCCGAGGACCCGCUCUGCGACUUCAAAUGGGAUAAGCCGGAUGUGGAUGGUCUGGUUCAGUUCCUGGUCAACGAGAAGGGUUUCUCGGAGGACCGUGUGCGGUCCGGCGCACUCAGACUGGAGAAGGACCUCAAGAGCUCGCAGCAGAGCCGUCUGGAGGGUUUCUUCAAGCCCGUACCCAAGACAGCGGAGGAGCAGAAGGCGCACAAGCGCAAGCUGGAGGAGAAGAACGAGGAGAAGAGGAAGAAGCUCAAAGAGGAGAAGAAGGAGAAGGCCAAGGCCAAGGCCAAGCCUCGUGGUACUGCUUAA